UUCCGAUAGUAACCUUUUCACAGUACAACCAUCUUCAGUUAAAACCAAAAACCCUGAUUCUUUCCUUUCUCUUCUACUUCCUCCUCCAAGUUUUUCUUCACUAAGCUCUAUCGAUUACAGUACAGAACCCUCUCUGAAACCCCAAGCUUUUAAUCAAUGGGGAAACCACCUACAUCAAAAAAGCAGCAGAAACGUGGUGUAGAUUUUAAAAAAUUCAAACGAAAGAUUGGAAGGAAAUUACCCCCAGCAAAGAAUGAUACCAACACUAACAUCCAAUCAAAAGCAAUUAUUUUACCUGAACAAAGUGUGGCAUCAGAGAGACUUGGUUUGGCAUUGAGUAAAAAAGGGUUAACUUUGAAAGAGUUGCUUCAGCAAACAUCUCAUCACAAUGCUAAAGUUCGAAAAGAUGCGGUUGUGGGUAUUGGUGACUUAACGAUUAAAUAUCCAAAUGAGUUGAAAGUGCAUAGACUUGCUAUUAUUGAAAAGCUUCGUGAACGUAUAAGUGAUGAAGAUAAAGCGGUCCGUGAAGCGUUAUUUCUACUUCUGAAAACUGUGAUUUUCCCUGGUUCACUAGAGGAUGCGUCCGGACCAUUUAUUUCCCUGAUAAUGGCGUACAUAUUUAACGCAAUGACACAUUUAGCAAUCGAUAUCCGGUUGAUGGCUUUUAAAUUCUUUGACCUGGUUGUCCAGCAUUAUCCAUCUUCAUUUUUAUCUUCAGCUGAAAAGGUUCUUCAGAAUUAUGGGGAUAUUUUGCGAAAGAAUCACAUAUUUUUAGAGGACAAGGGCAAACUCAAGAAUGCUCUUGGUGGAUUAGUUUGCUGCUUGUCAUUGUUGCCUUUUGUCAAUAAAGAAAAUGGCUCAGCAUCCGACAAUAAGUGUAACAAUGCAAGUGGAGCGCUGCAUGCGUUUGAAUCUGAGGCACCUAAGAAGAAUACUGGAUUUGCUUCACUUGUUACGACGUUAGAAGACCUUUUGCAAAUCUUGUACAAUUGUUUCCAAGAACUUACUUCUUCAGUUCGUGUGAUGUCGCAAAUCGACGUUAAGUCAAUUGAUUGUAUGUCAUGUGUACUUAAAUGCAUCGAUCUUGCCGUUAAAUUUUUCAUUCUUGGGAACAGUAGCAGCGGAACAGGUUUUGAGGUUCUUGUCCCUUCUAUGUCUAAAGGAGCCGAGUUUGUUUUGGGAAAGUUUACAAUGCAGAUGUUAUUGAAGAAGUUGUUGCAAAUUUUCCCACUCGACCCAAUUCAUCAGCCUUCACAAAAGGAUGAUGAGAUAUAUUAUGUGUGGAACGUUGGGAUAGCUGAAAUCCUUAUGCGCAUAAGUGAAGCCGUCGAUCCUCUUGCAAUUUUGGGUGGAAGGUUCCUAUUGUUCAUAGAAAAUGCUUUGUCUGCACAGAUUUGUUGUAGUACGCGCUCUAGUGGGUCCAUCUGGGAAAAUAAUACAGUUUUGCUGCUUCCAUUCAUUCCACGACUAGUAUCACGAGUGCAAAGCGAUUGGAAAUUUCGCCUUCUACAGGCGUUUACUAACACAUUCAAAGGUUGCAAACCAAAUUCUGCACUCAAUGUUGCUUGUGUAAAUGCGAUCGAAGAACUGUUACUUCCUUCAAACAGGGACACCUCUGCACUAUUUGCAGAUACAAGUGAAUCGGAGAUAUUAGACUUUCAGAUUAGUUGGAUUCAAGAGCUUCCUCAUUUGCUGGUCCAGUUAGGUGAUGGACACCCUUCAUCUUCUAAGGUUAUUUUGCUUUUUCUUCUUCGUCUAGGACAAUGUGCUCCAAUAAACCCAUCCCUUGCUUCGGGGUACGAUAACUUACAAAAAUCAUUAACAGAGUUCUACAGUACUCCUCAAGCUGAAGGAGCUAUGCACAAUGGUCCUUUUGUAAAGCUUCCUAGAGACUGCCAGGAACUUGCUGUUUCUUCUUUGUAUUAUUUCUCCAGUUUGGAUCCACUUCUGCUUCGGUCAUUAGCUUCUUGCUGUCUAUGUAACACUUUGGAACCAUUUGUCUUAUUUCGGAUCAUAGAAGUGCUUGACUCAUCCCAUAAAGCCGGGCACAUCCAGAUUGCGGACUAUAUCAGUUUCUGUGUCACUUUGCUGACACGCUUUACAAUUACCCCAGAAAAUUCAGAAUGUGCCGCAAACAACAAGAAGAGCACUUCCCAUUAUCAAACAGUUAAGGCUGUGACAGACGUUGUGUGUUCUUGCUUGUCUCACAUAGGUGAUGAUGCUACAAUUCUGCAGAUGCUACAGAGGAUUAUGGUCUCUGAGUUGUCUCUAAACCCACUGUUAGACAACAAGCGUGCCAUGCUCAGAUUACUUGUUCUACUGGAUUCCAAACCAACAAUACUCCCUGAGCAGAGUAUUAGCAAUUUAGCCAACUCUCUGUUGCAAUAUCUGCUUGAUGCUGCUUCCUAUAUUCCAGAAGAUAAUGAUGACAUCGAUUACGAUGAGUCUAAUGACAAAGAUCAGAUGCGGAUAUGCCAAUAUUAUUUUGUACCUUGCUUUUUCCUGUUUGAUAGGAGUGGCAGACUUUUAAGUCUUGUCUUGAACUUGAUGGGAUCCUUAAUAGCUGAAGCAAAGCCCUUGGAUCCUUCACAUCAAUGCAAUGAACCUGUAUUUGACCGGGCAAACAGGAUAAGUGCAAUCACUUCUAUUCUUAUAUUUAUGCGUGGGGAUGUGAAACUCAGGCGAGCCCUGUCUUCAUGUAAGGCAGAGAUGACAUAUGUUUUGCAGAACUUGCUCUCUCUACAGUCAUCGAAUGAACUUAACAUGAAUCUCGAAGAAAGACACAGAUUGCAGCUUUCAUAUGAUCAACUGAAGUCAUUUACAAACACAUAAUGGCUCAAUGGACCUGCAAUUUUGGACCUAGCCCUGCAGGUUGUAAGGUACACAGAAAUUUGGUUAUAGCUGGAGAGGUCGAAUGCUUGAACUUGGGCUCUUAAUUUUUUUUGAAGGUGGUCUAGCUUGUAAUUUUUUUGAAGGUGGUCUAGCUUGUAACAUUAGAAUACAUUAGUAUGUAAAAUGUCAGCCAUUUAUCUCCUUUCUCAGUUUAUCAUUAUUAUUUGUUGUGAAUUGAGAUCAAUUUGGAUGGAACAGUGUAUGAGAAAGUAGAUAUAUGAGAAAGUAGAUAAACUGAGAAAGAUGAGAAAAAUAAUUUUGGAUGGAUCAAUGUCUCCCCCAAAGAGUACGCAAUUUGAAUAGCAAGCAAGGUACAAAACACAA